UAUCAAGCCAUGCCAUGCAGAAGACGCCGGCGGCCAUUUUAGCAGCGCAGGUUCGACAGGGUUCUCCCGGUCCCCCUGGCAACGAUGGAUCCCCAGGGUCUCCAGGGGAAGAAGGCCCCCCCGGCCCUCAAGGGUACAGAGGUCAGAAAGGAGAGAGGGGUCAGCUAGGUCUGGGGAUACCAGGAGCUCCAGGUCUGGCAGGACCACCAGGUGAACCUGGAAGCAGUAUCCAGGGGCCAUCGGGCCCUUCAGGUCCCCAGGGAUCUCAUGGUAAAUGUGAUCCCAGUGACUGUCUCCAUCCAUCCUCUCACUCCAGACGGAACGGCUAGGGCCCCCCUCAACUGAUAGGGGACCCUUCAAUGAAUAAGGGCCCUCUCAAUGGCUAGGGCCCAGGGGCCCCCUCCACCCAUCCAGCCUCCAUCUCUCUACAGUAGUCAACCAUAGGCACAGGAGCCGGGCCUGUGGAGCCUGAUCACUCAGUCAGCUCAUAUCAGACAGACAGUAUCAUCCUUGUGGUCAGUUUUACAUUGAAAACACACAUCCUCUGUUUCUGCUUUACAUGGGAAAGACUCAACCAGAAAUAGAUACAACAUGUAUCUCAACACAAUGGUGUGGGAUGAAAUUGCCCAUAGAUGCUGAUCUUGGGUCAGUUUUGCAUUUUCCCCACUAAUUGUUAAGGUUAGGUUUGGGGGAGGGGAAGCUGAUCCUAGAUCUGUACCUAGUGGAAACUUCACCCUGGAGCGCUCACAACCUCCUUUCGGUUUUCUUAUGACCAUAGAAGCAUUGAAAUGCAAUUAUUUGUUACUUUACGUUGAUGGUUAUUCUAUUCAUUUGAAAUGUGUUACAGUCCAUUAUUAUUGUCAUUGUAGCUAUGAUGAUCAUAUGAAGCACUGUUUCAUUUAUUUCUUGUUUUCACACAACUCCCCUGCUGUGACCUGAUGCAUUCCAUAUUCAUUCACAUUAAGUCUUUCGAGACCUUAAAUUACUUUGUUUCUUUAAAUAAUACUGUCGGGAGAAAACAUUUUCUUCAUGAUUUAAUAAUGCUUGUUUAUGGGGACAGCUAUGCACACGUUUGGGCUCAUUUGAUAUUUUCGUUGUGUGUGUGUGUGAGCUGGUAAACAGACAGUCUGAAAUGUGUGUGUUUGUGUAUGACUAAUCAAUAUUCUUUGUGUGAACUGUUUAUGCAAAGUGAAGGAGGAUCAUGUAACAUGAAAUAUAGUUCUGAAUAUAUAUUUCAUAUAUUAAUAUAUAUUUCCUCAAUGAAUUGGAUAUUUGUGAAACGUGUUAGAAGGAAGCUAGCUACAUGAUUUGAUCCAUUUACAUAACAUAAUGAAUAUCUUGUCGUGUAAUUCAUUACUAGAGCUUUGUUUAUGAAUUUUAUGAAGUUUUGAGAAUGCUAAAUAUUCUGUGUUUCAAACACUACCAGUCAGAUAUAUUGCAUGAUACUGUUGUAAUUGUAAAGGGAUGGUCUUGUAUCAAAACAGAAUACUGGGUUCCUCUCUCGUCACCCUACACUCUAGGUACUUUAUGUGAGGCGUUACUCAGUGAGAUCUCUCCACACACUAUACACCUCAACAUGCAGUGUUCAUAACAGACUAAUUGAGUAGCCUGCUAGAUUGGGUUCUGAGUUCUGAUAUUAUUCAACAGGUAACAUCGCCUGACUGUUUGCCAUAUCUCAAGACAACCAGCACAACAUGAUCAAGGGUUAAACACUAGCUUAAUGCCAACUGAAUGUAGUUUGUGACGGCUUGGUCAAGUUGACAUUUCUUCCAUGUACAGUUUGUGUGUAAGUGUGUAUAUUAUGCUAAUGUCGUAUCACCUCACGUUCACGUGAAGUUAGCCGCGAAGACUUCAAUGUAGAUUUCUUGCAGUCAUACAUGAAGUAGGAAGUAGGACAGUUUCCCUUUAUCAAUGGUCUUGUCUCCAAAGAGGGCAAACAAAUACAUGUCAAAUACUACAGUGAUUGAUUGAAGUUGCCCAGUACAAUGAAACCAAUAGAAUAUGGUUGGAUCGGAGAAGUUGUUACAUCGCUGCUCUUUAGGCAACAUGGUCUCAUUAGAAUAUGUCAAAAAAAUAGUGCCAUUUAACUACAUAGGUAUAUGUCACUUCUGUGGACGUAUUACUGAUAUGUCACUAAAUUAGACGUCACUUAUAAUGACAUAUUAGCUACUUAUAUGUCACUAUAACGUCGGCUUAUGGGGUCAGAUUCAUGAUGUGUCAGCUUUUAUUGUUUACAUGGGAGUACACAGCUGAUUCCUCUAUCAGAACUGUGUACAUCAGUCUACAUGGAGUAUACAGCUGAUUCCUCUAUCAGAACUGUGUACAUCAGUCUACAUGGGAGUAUACAGCUGAUUCCUCUAUCAGAACUGUGUACAUCAGUCUACAUGGAGUAUACAGCUGAUUCCUCUAUCAGAACUGUGUUUACAUCAGUCUGCAUGGGAGUAUACAGCUGAUUCCUCCAUCAGAACUGUGUGUACAUCAGUCUACAUGGGAGUAUACAGCUGAUUCCUCCAUCAGAACUGUGUGUACAUCAGUCUACAUGGGAGUAUACAGCUGAUUCCUCCAUCAGAACUGUGUGUACAUCAGUCUACAUGGAGUAUACAGCUGAUUCCUCUAUCAGAACUGUGUACAUCAGUCUACAUGGAGUAUACAGCUGAUUCCUCCAUCAGAACUGU